UUUUGAUAUAUCAUUAUUUUCUAUUUCCAGAAAACAAUAAAUUGUUAAACAUCAAUAUCAUCUAGGUUAAGUAUACGAACAACACAAAUUCAAACAUCACAAAAAAUAUUUACAUAAACAUUAUAAUACAAUAAUUUAAUCAAAAAAUACAAUUAAAAAAACAAUAUUCAAAAGAAUAGUUAUAUACUUAAUAUUUGAAAAUCAAAGAUAUUUUUGCUAAAAUUUUACUUACCUGGCUAAGGAGAUCGUCCAUCUUUUUACGGAUCGAUAGAUUGUUGAGCAUGUGGUCGAACCGAAAAUACUCUGCAGUUUAAUUAAAUAUCUAAAACAUUUAUUCAAAUACUCAACAAAUAGUUUUGCUAAAUAUGAUAACUAAAUAGCCAACAAAAUUACAAAAAAAUAUUUAAACAGUAAAAAAUAUGUUACUUUAACGUGUUAAAAUUUAAAAAUAAAUUUUAAUUAUGACAUGCAUCUUAACAUUUAUAUAAAUAUAUAUCAUAACCUAAAUAUAAAUAAUUUAACAACUUAAAUUAGAAAAAAAUAAAAAUCCCGGGCGUAGCCCGGGUUAAUCCCUAGUCUUUAUAUAUAAAAUAGAGUCCUUUCUCUCCUUAGAGAGCCACCUAGGAUGCCACAUCAGAAAUUCUAGCUCUGUGAGAUCGGCAUCUGUUCUCUCUCACCAAAACUCACCGUAUCACCUGUUGUUCACAGUUUUGCAUUUGUUGCAAGCGUCUCUUCUAAUUCUUCUCCCGUUUCUCUACUCUUGAUCAUUCAUUCCUCUUCUUUAAAUCCUAUAUGCGUGAGCCAUAAUACCCUUCCAAAUUCCUCUCUUUCUCCAAUAAUAUAAACAUGUCUGUCGAAGAUUUUACCGAAUCAAAUUGUACAACAUCCAUUCACCAAAAAUCAAUCGACAGGGUUCCACCAUAGUCGUUGAUAUCCGCCAUUAGAGACAUGAUGAAGGGUUCCACCACGAUCGUCUAAAUCGGCCAUUAGAGAGACUGAGAUGCAGAUGUCUGUGUGACGAAUCCGUUGAUUACAAGUUUAUACUAUGGGAUGGAUAAUGUGAGGAAACCUGUUGUGAAUCCUUUUAGCUCGGAUUUACCCGGGGAUGACGACUUACUAAUGUGCCUCAACUAAAGACAAUGUAAGUCAAAACUCUCUCUUGCCACAUCUAUUUGACUCUAAUGAUUGGAUCAAGAUCUCACUUUAAAAUAUGUUUUGUUGCUGAGAUUUAAGCUUAAACAUGUUAAGUGGUCCAAUUCCAGAUACAUUUACGAAUCUGGAUUAUACCUUUACGUUCUUGAGUAAUAACUACUUAACAAGUGAAGUUCCUCUAUUUGUCCUCAACAGUAGAGCCAUGCUGGUGAUUGUUGCUACAAACAUUAACCCAAAAAUGGUUUGAGGCCGUUUGUUCCUUAAUUCCACUUCGGGAAUACACAUUUACUUAGACAAUGAAACAAAUGCAGGAGAACAUGUAUUUACAGGUUGGUCACCAGAGACACUGGUCUUCCAUCGGCCGCACCACCCCUGAGAGGGUAUGCAAAGGUUGAGCCCCUACAAUAGCUGAGCUCAAUAGUUUUAUCAUCACUGCACCGUCGCAGGUAAAGUAGCUACCCAUGUUGUUUUAAUAUUUGAAUGGUGUGAUUCUGUCUAUAAACCUGAUAUAUAACAUGCUAAAUAUUGAGUUCAUAUGCACUGAGAGUUACUCGCGUCAACCUAGAGAAAGGAUGGCGUUACGUCGCUUGCUCUGAAUGCACCAAAAGCUGCAGCGCACUGACUCCUCAUUUGCAUGUGUGCGAUGCGAUAGUGCUCAUGCUGUUGGUGCUCUCCGCUACAGAAUAGAGAUGAACAUUGCUGAUGAUACUGCUGAAGCUGGUCAAAUGUUGGCUGAAAAAGGUGUGAACCUUGAGGACUCUCGGAUGCCUCUGUUUAUUACAUACAUGGAAGGAAAGACACACGGCGAGCCAUCAGACAUUCACCAUCACACGCAUUUUUUAUGAACGUGAUCGUGUGCCCCUCCCUGACUUCGUUGACAAUGUAAGGGAGGGUACGAUAAUGAUGGUGGCGACAUGCCAGGUGAUAAUCCAAUUCCUUAGUGGUGAAGCAGCUUUGAAUGGUGGUACGGAUACAAAUGGUGAUGUGUCAAACAAGGUGGCCAAUCCAGCUUUGCAGGUUGUCAAGAUCUUUGAGCGUUAAAUACUCUGUAUUUAGAUAAUGCUUAUGCAUGAGCUUUCCUUUUCACGUUUUCGUUUUCUCUACUUUUGACUUUCACCACUUAGUGGGUUCUAUGUUUGAGUCGAACAAACUUCUUAUUUCAUAUUAAAAAUAUCUUUAAGCUUCAUGAUCUGAUUCCAAACCAUGUGCCUAAAUUGACCUCGAUGAAUACUCUAGAGUUCGAGAAAUGGCUUUAGGCUUUAUGAUCUAACUCCAAACCAUGUGCCUAAAUUUGACCACUAUCAAUACACGUCGAGUUUGAAUUACGUAAACCCAUUUUUCAUUUGUUUGAAUUAGCAAAACGUGUUUAUAUAUAUAUAUAUAUAUAUAUUUAUUUAUUUAUUGUGUACAAUCUUAUUAUCGAUUGGAGUUUGUAUAUUAUGUUUAAUUAACCAAUUUAUGCUUAGCAUUUAGGUAGUAGAUGUGUACAUUCUUUCGUGUAUUCUGAAUAAGGUGUCAUUCUUAUUAGGUCUCACCAAUAUUUUCACAUUUUAUAAUUCAACUUCUUACGUUUGAUGAGAAUUCAAACUAUUUUCUGGUUAAUAAACUCACCUGUAAGUAUGGCAAUUUGUUUGGGGAAAUAGAGCAUUAGCAAAGCAUCAAACAACGACAAAAAUUAAGUCAACAUAUUUUUGUAUUAUCUAUUUUUUUUCUGUACAGUACACUGAUAAUACUAUAUAGUCCCCAGAUCUUACCCAUGGCAACAUGGAUAUUUGCCAUGGGUCCAAAAUUUUUUUUGUGUUGUUUAAAGAUCGAUUUUAAUCUGUUAAAUUAUUAAAAAUCUUAUAUAUAAUGAGGCACUUUUGCCUCUCCUAAAGCUAUCCACGCGUCCAUGUUUUAAAUACUGUGGGUCCCCUGUCAAAAUCGGAAAUGGGUUCGUCUUUAUUUACUUCAAAUGUGUUUGGUCGUAGUCUCUUUGAAAGCCUGUUUUUUAAAAAGGUUUUGGCCCACUUAAUAUCUUCAGCGUUUAGUUUAGUUAAAGCUCAAAACGUUGUGUUUUGUGGCCUCUCCUAGCUCUCCAUCUGAUUAGGGUUCCAUCCUUCUCUUUUUUUCCUUAUAGAUCUCGGCCCGCCGUUUUCGCCUGUCACGAUCUGUACAAAGCGUGUUUAUCUUCUCAUCUCUUCACCUCCCCAAUCGAUCUAUCUUUAUUACUUAAAUUUCUGGAAUAAAUGUUAAUCCCAUUCAAUCCAUUCUCGGUUUCGACGCUUCCGCUUUCUUUUUCUGAAAGCUAUAUAUAUCAGCGGUUUGACAUCAUGCUUGAAUUCAUGGGAAUCACUCUGCUCUUUCUUGAUGAGAAGAAUUCAGUUCACUCUUCGAUUGCAGAAUUCAGUUAUACAUAGAUUCAUUCCUGCUGGUCGCUCCCCUUAUUACCGUCCGUUACUGAAAGCGGGCUCAGUCAUGAGAGUAUCGCGCUAUGAGGUUGCAAGAUGUACAAGAUAACGGACCAUCCUUUCGUGAUCCGGUUUAUCCCUCAAACAACCAUUGAUGAAGUUUUCGAUAAAGCUCCCGUUAUCAACGUUGAGAAAUUCAUACUACGGAAGUUUGACCCUCUCCAAGCUCUCGCAAACACUAAUUUGGAGCUCCCCGAUUGUUGGGCAGAUUCAAUCUGUUCAAGAUUCGGACCUAGCGGCUGCUGGAGUGAUGACUCGAGUUGUUGUCCCUUUUUUGAUUGAACCGAUGGUGGUCGUGUACCUCUCUUUGUGGGAUGAUGUUGCAUCAAUGUUUAGGGGUCUUAUCAGCUCAGGUGAUAGGACACAGUCUGUCAUGGUGGUCACAACUGUGAAUCCCAAAAUAUUUGGAGGUAACCUAUACCUCAACGCAACCCCAGCGACGAAAUUUGAUUUCGACCCAGCUCUACAAGCUAUCGCGGAGUUUACGGCCAGCUUAAAAGGCCCAUCGGGAGAAGCUUUUCCUUGCAUCGACACCAAACAUGGCAUAAAAAAGAAGGAAGUUGUCUCCAUAGGAGAGCGAAACAAGUUCAUUACCAACUCUGAUGAACAGACACAUGAAGCUGAUUUAAUUUGCAAGGCUCGGGCUGUGGAAGUUCUGCAACAGAAUGGUUGGUUUUUCAUUUCUUGCACUGGCUGCAGCAAGAAGCUUGACAAGUUUGGGAGUUCUCUCCGUUGCAACCGUUGUGCUAAUCCCAACGUCACAGGGGUUAUAAAAUACCGUGUCGAGCUUUUCGUUGAUGAUGGGGAUGAUAAUGCCAUUUUUGUGGUCUUCGACAGGGAGAUGGUGAAGCUGACUAAGCAGGAUGCACCUGGCCUGACUCUAGAUGAGAUGAAUGGGGGUGGGAGCGAGGAACUCCCGCAAAGUGUUAAAGACCUUGCUGGGAAAAUUUUUGUUUUCCAUAUACGUGUGACACCAUUAAUUUUUUCCCCAAGCCACCCUAUCACUGUCUCUUCAAUCAUGGACAGCAUCCCUCCCGAGACGUUCAAGAUUACUGCAGAUGAAUUUGUUCAGGUGGAAGGUGGUGAAGCAUCAGCAUCUGCCAGCAAGAAUGUUAAAGGUGAAGCUUAUGAAACAAGUCCAUCGCUGAUGGAGGCGCAGAAGGCACCCGUAAACACCCCCGUGAGUGAAGUUAAAAAGCUGGACCACCGUCAACCAACCUAUGCUUUCGUUUCUUCUAUGCACUUUUCUUAUUUAGACUUUCCAUUUUCUCUGUUUUAAGGCUUUUUUUUACAAGACAAAUGCUUUUUAAUGUUUAAAUACAAAAGGGUUGACGGAAUAUUUAGCAUCGUUGUUAUAAAAUUCACAACAUGCCACUAGCAUCGCGAACCAAAAUACAAAAUAAACGUUAAAGAAUGCAACAUACGUGUCGUUGCCACGCGAACUAAUUACAACCAAUUCCUCUAAAUAUAUUGUAGUCAAGAUCUUACUCGAACGGACAGGUUAUCAAUAUACAUGAGUAGGUUUUAGAACAAUUAAGCUUUAUUUUUUUUGUUAAAGGAUUUAAAAAAAAAAAAUCAUCAUAAGUCCAACAACACGAAUUCAAAAUUAAAUUCCCAUAAAUACGGAACUCUUCAAAAACAAAAACCACACAAUUCUUAUAAGUGACCAACAUUUAAUAAUAAUAAAAAUACAGAAAAACAAACGAGUGUAGUGACAUAUGUUUGAAUUAUACAUUUGACAUUGAGCUAUACUAAAUUUGUUUCUACACAACCAAAUUUAACAGAGACAAAGUAUAAUAUUUUAAUAUGGCACCAUCUUUUGCAUUCCACUCAAAACACAUCUAUAUUUUAUUUUGGAACCUGCUGCACACCAUGCAUCUUCCUGAUGCGUAACACAAAGUUACGAGGAUUUAUUUUCAAUCAAUUAAUAAUUUUGUAAAUGAUUUCCAUAAUUAUGGGUUCCAAUUAAACUAAAAUUUACAACUACGCGAAGAGUCUACGCUAACCUACUAAACUUUUUUCUCAUCAUUUCUGAAUCCAUACGAGGAUAAAAAAUUGAGCUCCCUCCACAUAAGAAAUAAUCUGCCUUCUGCUAAGAAUCAUAUUUGAAAUUUCUAGAUAUACGUAUGUUCAGUUUAACCAUUGUUCAAUUCCAUUUCAAGGUAAAAAAAUAUCAACCAUAACACAACUGCACUUAAAGAAUUAAAGAAAUGAUUCUCUCUUCUUCUUAUGCAUCUCAUCUCAUCACUCUUCUUCUUCAUAAACAUCUCUUCGCUCUUUUUCUACACUCCACAUCCCUCAAUCUAACCAAUCGCAACAUCUCAAAAAUUUCUAACAUCCCCGCGCUUGCGCGGGGCUAAGCCCCUAGUAACUCAUAAUUAAGUAAACCUAAUUUAUUUAUUACAUAAUAAAACAAUAAAAAAUCUGUACAUUCACCAUUAGUUUUGAGAUAUUUUUUUCUAUUUGUUUCAGGUAGUGUUUUGAAAAUCGGACCAGACGUUGAUUCGGCAUUGUAACUAGAUCAAUGAUCGGACCGGUCUAACUGGUUCAACUGGAUUUUAAAUUUUAUAUUAAGUAACUAUUAUAUGUAUAACAUAAAAUGAUUUUUAUAAAAUUUUAUAUAAUUAUUAGAAUCUAAAAAUGAUAUGAAAACAAAAAUAUUAUUUUUCAAAUAAUAUAAAAUAAUGGAAAUAAUUUAUUUACAUAGAUACUUAGAAAACAAUAUGAUUUUUUAAUGAAAUGUUUUUAAAGUUUGCAGUUUAGAAAAAUACUUGAAUUUGAAAAAAUAGGAAUUUAAUAUCAAUCUUGAACACUGGUUUUAGCGAAUUUUACCGGUUUUUGACCGAGUUUGCCAAUUUAACUCAAAUCCAGUUUUUUAGUAUACCCCGAAAUCGAAUAGAUGGUCGAGUCAUGGUCUGACCGGCCUGUUUGGUCCAGCCGGUCGGUCUGGUCCAGUUUUCAAAACAUUGGUUUCAGGUUUUGGAGUUCAAGUUAAAAGAAAUGGAGUAAAGAAAAAUAUAAAAAAUAUUUAUAAAAGGAUCCAUAUUCUGUGCUUCACCGAGAGUUAUUAUAUUGGUUAAGACGACACUGUAUGCAUUAUCAACCUUUCCUCCAAAGUCUACAUGGCGUAGAGCAUUAGCAUUAGGAUUAGGAUUAUGCUCUACAUUAUCUGAUCAAUAUUUAGUAGAAUAGUAUUUAGAAAAACAUUUACCAAAUACUAAUGUUCUCCUAAUGUUCUCUGGCCAAUACUCUCAUCUAAAGCUUUUAGAAUAGCAUUUGCAUUUAUAAUUUAUAAAAGUAAGAAAAAUAUAUAAUUAAUUUAUUUAUUUUAUUUAAUAAUAUCAUAAAAUUAUUUUUAUAUCCAGAAAAUAAAAUGUAUGUUACAAUUAAAUUAUAUUUUAAAUGUGAAAUCUUAUUUUUAAAAAUAGAUAUUUUAAUUGUAAUUUUUUAAAAAAAAUAAUAUUUCCCAUAUAAACAUAAUUGAAAUUAUUAAAUAAAAUAAAUAAAUUAUAUUUCUUAUAUUAAUAUAUUUUUAUAUAUAUAUUAGAAAUAUAUUAAUUAGAAAUUAAUAUUUUAUAUAUUAUAUACUAAUUUUGAUAAUAAUUUUAAAUAGCAUAUUCAUACUACUCUAUCAAUCAUUCUAUUCAACAGUUUAGCAAAAGCAUACAGUUUUUGCAGCAUACUACUUCUAUAGCAUAUUCUUACUGCUUUAUCUUCUACUCUACCAAUCAAAGACCAUAGUAUAUUCACAUCACUUUCUUAAAUAUAAACAUUAAGUACAAUAAAGUUAUAUUUUGCGCGUAGCGCGGACCGACCCUGGUAGUAUAUAAGUUAUCCAUUAACAAUGGAAGAGGGCAUUUUCGUUCUAGAUGUGACUUGGUUUCAGGAAAAAGUGCUUUUCCAGCUCAUUGUGUCUCUUUGUGUAAAAAAGAUGAAAACGUGUCUGAUUGUAUAAUGCACUCCAAAAAAAAAAAAAAAGUUUUCAACAUCAUUUAAAUUUCUGGCUCUACUAUUGGGGUUUCUUUCGGCCCAUAUAACUUAUAUGACCAACCUCUUAGUCGAAGGUUGAUUACGCAUUCAAAGGAAUGGUAGACUCUCUUCCUUCUCUCUUAAGAUUCCUUGAAAGAGAAAGACUGAGUCGUGGUGGUUCCUUUCCUCUCCCUUCCUUCUGAUCUGUGAUAUUGACUCCAGUGCACACGGUGAUCUCUUCCACGGUGUAGCUGGCUUAGACUCUGGUGUUUCCGCGAUCUUCUAGGUGGAAUCAUCCAGCUUGGGUUUUGGCGGUUUUUGAUGGCUUACUCUCGGGAUUAAGCUCCGCUAGUUUCGCUUUGUCUUUCUUACCAUCGAUUGAUUUUCUCUUCGGACAGUAAGUCCGAGUUCGUUUGGAGGAUUGAUCUUGAUUAAAGUUUGGUUUUUUAUGAAGAAAAGUAUGGGUUUGGAUGAGAUCUCGGUUCUAACCGAUUGAUACUCUCCAAAGCUCAGGGUACGUGUUUAACUGAUGAAGCCUUUAGCUUUCAAUACAGUCGUUGGAGGUGGCUUUUUCGGUGGUGGUUCUGGUUGAGUUCCCGGUGGAUUCCGGAGUUUUAAACGCUUUGUUUGGUUCGGUGGAGAAGAUUGAAGUCGAAAAAGACAGUGGAGUUUCGUGGUUCCGAGAUGACUCCGGUGGGAGAUAGGGUUUCCGGUGAAUCGUCCGCUGCGUACCGACGUUGAUUUGCGAGGCGGCAAAAACGAUAAAGGCAUGUGCGACACGUGGGCACUCUUUGUUAGGGUUGGAACACAUUAUUGACAGUACAUGUCGUUUUUUUGUUGGGUUGCCUGUUUGUUGGGCUUUGGGUUUGGAUUCCCUUUUGUUUGGACCUUUGUUUAGGGUUUCCUUUGUAAUAUUUUUUGGACCUUGUUGUUUUUUGGGCUUUGGUUCUGUUAAUAAAUAUCAGAGAAAAAAAAAAAAAAAACUUAUAUGACCAAGACCCAUAUUUGGUUAACGAAUAGGUUUACGGUUGAGCCUCGAUUUCUACUAACUAUUUUAUUCUCGUGAACUUAUUAUUAAAAUGCAUUAAAAUAUCAUAUGAUUUGGUACAAGUUCCACUUUGGGAUAGACUGGUACAUAAACUUUCAAAGCUUCUAUCACCACUCACCAAUGUAAGUAUGCUAUAUAGUAUUCAGAAAUGAUGUUUCAAAGGAACGCCUUACGAACAUGACUUGACCGGCUAGGGCAUUUUGCUAAAUGUCCAAUUUACUCUCGACGACUUUAUACACACUCACACAUCAAAACCAAACACCUUUUGUGUUUGUAUUUUACUUCUUCAAAAGCAAAGUUUGAAGAUUCAAGAAAAAGCUAAAGCUUCUUCAUCUCUCUGAAAUCGAGAUACAAACGAGAGCUUGUUGUAGUGACGAAGAUGGUUUUUACUCCAUACCGACCAGAUUUACUCAUAAUCUACAACUCUCAGGAUCUUUCUCUUUCUCAACAUUUGGUAAUACACUUUCUUCACUCAACGUUUGUGGUUUCCUGGAAUAGAUUGGAACUUUCUUCUUCAAACCAUGUUUUGUUUAUAUACUGUAAAAAUUGUAGAUAAUCUUGAUAAGAUAAUUGUAGAUAAACUGUAAACCAGCUUUAAACUUUGCUUCUUCAGUUCUUUAUCUCACUUGGUUUUGGUUCUGCUUUAUUCAAUAUUUUUAUUAUUUUACUGUUCUAUUUAAUUCUUAAUUUUCCUCCACUCUUCUUGAUGUUCAUUAGCUCUGUUCAACAUUUACCUUCUUUUCAUUCAUCUGCUUUUUUUAAUAUAUAUAUUUUAGGGUUUGGUUAUGUUCUCCAUUUCGAUUCUGUUUCCGAUCUCUGUAGGAUUUGUGUCUGUUGCUGAUUUAUUAGAGUUUGGUUGUGUUUGCUCUCUUACGGUUUGGUUAUGUGUCCGGUCUCUUAGGGUUUUGGUUCUGUUACUUGUUUUCUAGGGUUUGGCUCCGUUCCUUGAUUUCUAAGGCUUUGGCUAUGCUAGAUAUCUUAGGGUUUCUGAUUCCUCUGCUCUUGACGAGACACGAUUAGCUUCGAGGAUGUUGGUCUAAGUUUAUCACAGACAAUGAUCCCAUGGACGGAGACUUUCUCUUGUUUUCCUACGAUGGUUAUAGAACCUUCUUCUUGGUAAGCAUUUUCCGGGAUGGGUUGCCUGUGAAACCCAAAGCUCCAGUCAAUAUUCAAGAAAUUUCAGACGAGGAUGAAACAGCUGAUGAUGAUGAUAAAGAAGAUAACGAUCAGAACAUGAUCAUUUCUCUUUCUUCGGGAAGCAGCGAAGAAGACAAUGUUGAUACGUUGACAAAGCUCAUGGAAGUUCAAGGAGAGUUACGUCUUCGCAAAGGAAACCUGCUGAAGCUAUUGGUGAUCCAGAGAUGUAUUUUGGUGAUCCCUCUAACCCUUUCUUUAUCGCAACUUCGACGUGUAGCGGUAGUGUGUUGCUGGUUUUAAAAAAACAACCGCAUCUUCCGACUUUUCCGUCGCCGAAUAUUACAGCGUCACAAAACUCUAUCAAUUUUUAGUCGCAGUGCUUUAAACCUCCUAUUCUGACAACCACGAAAGGCAGAAAUCAUCACCAUAUAGUGUAUUUAUUUAGUCGCAGAGAAAACCAAAAAGAACAUGGCUAUAAGCAAGUAAUAAAAGACCAUGACUUAAAGUUUGGUGGCACAAUCAAGUUCAUCGAUGGAUUUGGCGAAUUAGAGGGAAAGAUUGGAAACUGGAAAGAUAGUAUUGUAGUUAACAAGUGGAAAGAAAUCUACGAAAGAAAUGAUGCAACGCCUGAAUACUAUUUUAACCUUGUGUUCAUUUAAAUCUUCUUACGGUCUUGGAUUUGCAGUUGUCUUCAUUUAAAUCUUCUGUUGCAUGUGUAACGUAAACAAUGGAGUAUGACUCAAUUUUCUUCUUGAGUUAAUCUUAGUCUUUUUCUUUUAGAGGC